CUUUAAUCAAUUUCUUAUAAAUUCACAUAAGUUGUCCAACUUCUUUGCUUCCUGAUCCCAGCAAAAAUACAUAACUAUACAGGUUUCUGAAAACUUUGAACACGAAACCAUGCAGCCCACUUCACAAGUCAAUCAACGAAUUGCAAGACUCGCAGCUCAUCUUAAUCCUCCUAAUCUCCAGACGGAGGAGACUUCCGGUUUGAUGAGGGAGAAUUGCAGGGCAAAAGGUGGGUCCCCAGGAUUCAAAGUGGGGAUAUUAGGCGCAGCUGGAGGAAUUGGACAACCUCUGGCAAUGUUAAUGAAGAUGAAUCCGUUGGUUUCAGUUCUUCAUCUUUAUGAUGUGGUCAACUCUCCCGGCGUUACUGCUGAUAUUAGCCACAUGGACACUGGCGCCGUUGUACGCGGAUUUUUGGGGCAACAACAAUUGGAGGAUGCCCUUACGGGCAUGGACCUUGUGAUUAUUCCAGCCGGUGUUCCUAGGAAACCUGGAAUGACUAGGGAUGAUUUGUUCAACAUUAAUGCCGGAAUUGUUAAGACACUUUGUGAAGGAAUCGCAAAAUGCUGCCCAAAAGCUAUUGUCAACUUGAUUAGUAAUCCUGUUAAUUCCACAGUUCCGAUUGCGGCCGAGGUUUUCAAGAAAGCUGGCACUUAUGAUCCAAACCGACUUUUGGGAGUCACAAUGCUUGAUGUUGUUAGAGCCAAUACUUUUGUGGCCGAAGUCUUGGGCCUUGAUCCUAGGGAAGUUGAUGUUCCAGUUGUUGGGGGUCAUGCAGGGGUUACUAUUUUACCUCUUCUGUCUCAGGUUAAACCACCAUGCUCUUUCACCCCUAAGGAAAUUGACUUCUUGACAGACCGUAUUCAGAAUGGUGGAACAGAAGUUGUUGAGGCAAAAGCAGGAACUGGUUCUGCCACACUAUCGAUGGCAUAUGCUGCUGUCAAAUUCGCUGAUGCAUGUCUACGGGGCUUGAGAGGGGAUGCCAAUAUUGUUGAAUGUGCAUACGUGGCUUCUCAGGUGACUGAACUUCCUUUCUUUGCAUCAAAAGUUCGGCUUGGCCGUUAUGGAGUUGAGGAAAUUUACCCACUUGGCCCCCUGAACGAGUAUGAGAGGGCUGGCUUGGAAAAGGCGAAGAAAGAGUUGGCAGGAAGUAUUCAGAAAGGUGUUACCUUCAUCAGGAAAUGAGGUGCCAAUUACACGCACUUGGAAAAAUCGUCAGGAAAUCACAGACUCGAACUUUAGUCCCCUUUCUUUCAUGAAACUUCUAUAAAUUGUAAUGCUCUGAGGCCUGAUGGUCCGAUGACAGUUUCCUUCAGUAAGUUCUUUUGACCCCACUUAGCCUUUGAGUCAAGCUAGAAACAAAGCGGAGCCCAUUAUCAAUAACAAGCCUAUCAGAAUGGGCCGAUUUGUUGUUUUUAGAUUCAUCGUUUUGACUUGUACGCCGCUUGUGAGAAGAAGUGUGUGGAAGGAAAGGAACCCAAAUUAAUAGCUCUUUGUUAUUCUCGGAAGAUGUGUAGUAGCCUACUUAAUACGUAAAGUAUAAAUGAUU